UUUUGUUGGCCCCAGUUUUUUCUCUAAAUUUUCGGAUGCCUUUUUCUUCGAAUUUUCUGUCUUCGUCUCAUUGUCUGUAAACAGACCAAUCAUUGAAAUCGAUCCGUGGCUCCCUGCCACCAUUUCUGUACUCAUUCUUUAUAAAUAAUCUGUUUUGUCAUCUGUUGUUAGGUUUCUUUUCUUUCUUCUUGCUUGAAAUUCGAACGUUGAGGCUACGGCUUUGAUUUGAUUGAUCUGGAAAUCAUCCAUCGAUUGGCGUUGAGAAUUGAUUGAUUCUUGCGAUUGUUGAUAGAGAAAAGGAGGAGGAAAUGUACGGGGCGGUAGCUCACACUCAGAGCAAGAAAGAUUUGGCGUUGGAGUAUCAAGCGCAGAUACAGAUUCUCCGGCCGAGCAUUCAUGCUCGGAGGGCGAAGUUGACGGUGAAAUUCCAGGAUCUGUACGGGUUCACGGUGGAGGGGAAUGUGGAUGAUGUGAACGUGCUGAACGAGGUGAGGGAGAAGGUGAGGCAGCAGGGUAGGGUGUGGUGGUCUCUGGAGGCUACAAAGGGCGCUAAUUGGUAUCUGGAGACGCAGGUCUCCACCAAUCUCAAGCUCUCCACGCUCGGCAACGCAAUCGCGCUCAAGCGCCUCAUACGCAAGGGAAUUCCGCCGGCUCUCAGGCCUAAGGUGUGGUUUGCCCUCUCCGGGGCCGCCAAGAAGAAAUCUACGGUCCCUGAUAGCUACUAUGAUGACUUGAUCUCUGCCGUGCAGGGCAAGGUCACGGCCGCCACCAAGCAGAUUGACCAUGAUCUGCCACGGACUUUCCCUGGUCACCCAUGGUUGGACACUCCAGAGGGUCAUGCUGCUCUUAGGCGUGUACUUGUUGGAUAUUCCUUCCGUGAUUCUGAAGUCGGCUAUUGUCAGGGGUUAAACUAUGUUGCAGCUUUGCUGCUGCUUGUGAUGAAAACUGAAGAAGAGGCUUUCUGGAUGCUCGCUGUCCUUUUAGAGAAUGUGUUGGUUAGCGAUUGUUAUACAAAUAACUUGUCUGGAUGCCAUGUGGAACAAAGAGUGUUUAAGGAUCUGUUAACCAAAAAGUGUCCAAGGGUAGCGUCUCAUUUGGAAUCUCUGGAGUUUGAUGUUUCUCUUGUUUGCACGGAAUGGUUUCUUUGCCUCUUCUCCAAAAGUUUGCCUUCUGAGACAACCUUGCGUGUUUGGGAUGUGCUAUUCUAUGAAGGAGCAAAGGUCCUAUUUCAUGUGGCAUUGGCAAUUUUCAAGAUGAAUGAGGAAGAGUUGCUAUUGACACAUCAUGUCGGGGAUGUGAUUAACAUCAUACAAAGAAAAACUCAUCACCUUUUCGAUCCUGAUGAGUUAACAACGGUUGCUUUCGAGAAGAUUGGCUUUAUGACAAUCACCAAUAUAUCAAAACAGCGGAAAAAACAGGAGUCAGCAGUGAUGGCAGAGCUUGAUCGGAGAUUUCGACGGUUCAAUUCCUUAAAUGAUGGGGAGGAGGUUCAAUGAAUUGUUGGUUGUAUGUAAAAGUGUAAAACUUAUUAUCAGGGCCUGCUGCUGCCUUCUUAGGACAUGAAAUUAUGUUGGCUGGGCAAAGCAGUGCAGUGCAGUUGUAUGGGAGCAAAAGAACAGAUUGAAAUGGUGUCUGUGUUUAGGCAUCAUAAAAAUGCAAAGUUCUGUAACUUUUAUACCAACUGAAAUAUCAUCAAUGCAAUCUGACAAGUUUAAGGAUA